AUGGUGAAGGCGUUAUACAGAAAGAAGCUGGAGGACAUGAACGACGCAAGUUGGAAGGAGCUUGAAGCAAAGGUGGUUUCCAUGAUCAGUCCCUUACCCGAACGGCCCUCCAGUCCGUCGCUGCUUCAUACUGAACCCGAACCUCCAGCGACAUUCUCGGCCACCACAGCACAGCGUCACCGUCGCCAUCGCCGUUCGCAGCCACCUGCUUCUCUCAACCAGCCAGCCACCAUCACCACAGCCGCGCCAGACCACCCUCGCUCAGCCCACCCCCCACGAGCAGCACCGGUCUCUCCUUCUCGCCGCCUCCGUCCAGUUGUAGACCGUGAGCCACCUCCGUUCAGCUGCCAGCCGUCACGACCUCACCUUCGUCGGCGUUCGACAAGCUCUCGGCCACACACUGCAGUCGCCCAGAUCCCAGCAGCAACGACUCCAGCCGCAAGUUCCGGCGGCGAAACCUCCCACCAUCGUCACUCUUUGCAACCUCCGCCUCCAGCCACCACGAGCCCCGACAGCAGCUCUCCAGCUUUACGUUCCAGUCACGCACCAGCAAGUCCGCACCAAACGUAG